ACGAGCCCACUGACUUUUGCAUUUAGGGUUUCUGCUUAUUAUCACUGCCAUCACUUCUCGAGGUCGUCGAAGCUUUUUUCUCUGAGCAAAAAUGGUGAAGGGCCGCCAAGGAGAGCGCGUGAGGCUCUACGUCCGUGGUACCAUCCUCGGCUACAAAAGGUCGAAGUCCAAUCAGUACCCAAGCACGUCGCUGGUUCAGAUCGAGGGGGUGAACACGCAGGAGGAGGUGGCGUGGUACCUUGGGAAGCGAAUGGCGUACAUUUACAAGGCGAAGGUGAAGAAGAACGGCUCUCACUACCGCUGCAUUUGGGGGAAGGUCACGCGCCCUCACGGCAACAGUGGUGUCGUUCGCGCCAAGUUCAGGUCGAAUCUCCCACCGAAAUCCAUGGGUGAUAGAGUGAGAGUCUUCAUGUACCCGAGCAACAUUUGAGUUAAUGGGCUCAUGUUGAUUUUGUUGGCUGCACAAAGUCAAGCGAUCUAGAUUUUUAUUGUUGUUUCGGUUUCUGAAAUCUUAUGUAAUGAGAAUUUCUCUUUUUCUCCAUCGUCACUGGUUCUGAAAAAAACACAGCUUUCUUUAUAUUGAGACUUGUGAGAUAGUUUUGCAAUAGCAUGUUUACUUCAUAUCUUUAAAUGUCAGGAGAUUUUAUGCGCAGGAAUGUGAAAUUUAGUCAGCUCAAUUAACAAUGCUUGAUGAAAAUAAUAGUCCUAAUAUUAUAUGGACCUAAUUUAGGGUGGAAUUAGAAUCAUUUAUGAAGUAGGAUUUUUUAUUUUUUUUAAUGUACAAGAUAUACA